UUUUUCAGAGAAGGAAAUAUUUACAAAAUACUCGAUAUUAACAACAAAAAGAUAUGAAAAGGUGAUUUCUUGAUAUAAAUGCCGUACCAUAUGAGAAAAAAAAGAAGCCAGAACCCAAAGUCAUCUUCUAUUCUCUAUUGAUUUAGACAAGAACCAUGAUGUCUCACCGGCAAUGCUUAACAACGGUGACUGCACUAAUUCUGCUUCAUGCUCUGAGUUUAGUGAGCUCCACUGUUAUGUCCCGGGCUGACCGGAUCACCAGUUUACCCGGUCAACCCAAGGUAGGGUUUCAGCAGUACUCUGGUUAUGUCUCUAUAGACAAGAAGAAACAGAGAGCUCUGUUUUACUACUUGGCUGAAGCAGAAACCAAGCCCAUCUCUAAGCCUCUCGUCCUUUGGCUCAAUGGAGGACCUGGAUGUUCAUCAUUGGGUGUUGGUGCAUUCUCUGAGAAUGGACCUUUUAGACCAAAGGGAUCAGUCUUGGUGAGGAAUCAGCAUAGUUGGAAUCAUGAGGCUAAUAUGUUGUAUCUGGAAACACCUGUUGGAGUUGGAUUCUCUUAUGCAACUCAGAGCUCUUCGUAUGAGGGUGUCAACGAUAAGAUCACUGCAAAAGACAAUCUUGUGUUCUUGCAAAAAUGGUUCAAAAGAUUCCCUCAAUACCUCAACAGAAGUCUCUUCAUCACUGGUGAAAGCUAUGCUGGCCAUUAUGUUCCUCAGUUGGCUCAGCUUAUGGUUCAGUAUAACAAGAAGCACCAUUUGUUUAACCUCAAAGGCAUUGCUCUUGGCAACCCGGUUUUGGAGUUCUCUACCGAUUUCAACUCACGGGCAGAAUAUUUCUGGUCUCAUGGGUUGAUAUCGGAUCCAACUUACAAAAUGUUUACAUCUUAUUGUAAUUACUCACGGUAUGUGAGUGAGUACUAUAGAGGAGAAGUCUCAAGUAUGUGUUCUAAAGUUAUGAGUCAAGUUAGCACCGAAACAAGCAGAUUCGUAGAUAAAUAUGACGUUACUCUUGACGUCUGCAUUCCCUCUGUGUUAUCUCAAUCCAAAGUAGUUAGCCCUCAACAAGUUGGAGAGACGGUGGAUGUGUGUGUAGAAGACGAGACGGUUAACUAUCUUAACCGGAGAGAUGUGCAAAAAGCUCUCCAUGCUCGGCUUGUCGGAACUCGCAAAUGGGCCGUGUGCAGCAAUGUGCUGGAUUACGAACUACUUGAUGUGGAAGUACCGACGAUAAACAUUGUAGGAAGUCUUGUCAAAGCUGGAGUUCCAGUUCUUGUGUACAGUGGAGAUCAAGACUCCGUCAUUCCGUUAACGGGAAGUAGAACAUUGGUGAACAGACUGGCUCAACAGUUGGGACUGAGUACAACCGUGCCUUAUCGCGUUUGGUUCGCAGGACAACAGGUUGGUGGGUGGACUCAGGUUUAUGGGAACGUAUUGGCGUUUGCAACGGUGAGAGGAGCAGCUCACGAGGUACCGUUCUCGCAGCCCGAGAGAUCACUUGUGUUGUUCAAGGCCUUCUUGGGUGGUAAUCCUCUCCCUGAAGAAUUCUGAUGUUAUUUCUAUUUUCUGAGCUUGUAAGUAAAAACAUUAUUACAUCUUUUGGUUAAACAAUAUUUUCAAAAAUGGUUUUACAUUUUGAUUAUGGCAUAG